UUGGUGGCCGGGGCUCCGGUCGCGCCCGCGGACCAGCCGGGCCCUGAACCGGCCCGGAGCGCCCGGGCCAGGCCCCGCCCCCGGCGCGGACAGCCAGACCCCGCCUCCGCGCCUCCAGGUCCCGGGCCCGCCCACGGGGGGCGGGGCGCGCCUCCGGACUCCUGACGGGCGGCGGGAGCCGCAGAAGCCCGGCCGCGCCGAGCGGCUUGAGCGCGCUUCCCGGGCCGGCUCCCCGCGUCGGCCUCUCUCCUGCCUUCCCGCCCUUCCCGCCGGCCGCCUCCAGACCUGGGCCCGCCGUUUCCCGGCUGUCGCAGCUCGCCUGGCGUGUCCGCCGCGCACGGGCGCUCGCUCCCAGGACCUGGGGGCUGGACCGACGUGUUCAUUCAGAAUGUAGGGGUAUCUUUGCACUUCACAAAGAGUUUUUUUAUUCUUUGCCUAGUUUUUUUUUUAGCACUUUAAAUUCAUUCAUUAAACAAGUGUUUGUUGAACAUCUGUUAUGUGCCUCAAACUGUUCCAGGCACUGGGCAGAGGGCAAUUGAAAAAAAAGCAUACAGAUCCUCUGAAAUCCCUGCCCUCCGAGGCGGCGUGCGUGCUUCUUAGGUGAACCUGAAGUUACUUCUUUUAAGAUUUGGCUCCCACCAAGCGGUGAAAGUGAGCCAAUCGUUUAUAGGCGUUAGAGAUGUGAGCGAAAUACUAUGUUGUGCAGAAAGGGAAUUACAACCCACAACCCAAAACUAAUGAAUAUGCAGAACGUUUCAGGGCUAGUAGCUGACAGGACUCCUGAUACGGGUGCUGAAAGGGAUCGAGCACCUUCUCUCCAAAGCCUGGAUAAAAAUGCUUCCUUUUUUCUUUAUUCAUCAACGCUUAGUUGAGUCUGUACUCUGUACUCGGUGCUGUGCUAGGUGCUGGAGUUCCAAAACUUGUGAGCCGGUUUCUGCUUGCAAGGGGCUUACAGUCUACGGAGAGAGAGUUCCUGCAAGAGAAGUGUUGAAAUCUCUAACUGUAAUUGUGGAUUUGUCCAUUUGUUCUUUCAUAUCUGAUAUCUCUUCCCAGCUCUCAGACAUCUUGGACAAUGUCAACUGUGUCAUCAACCGCUUCCAGGAAGAAUUGGGAUAUGAUUUAAAAGAAAAGGUGAAAUCUGACCGAACAGAGCAAAAGGGCAAGAACAGAUUCAUCUUGCUGGAGAAAAUUGCCUCCUUCUCCGAAGAUGCUAAGACUAAAGAGAAGCACUUGUACGAAAUUCUCCGCUGGCUGGGUGACUGGGGUGACAGUCUGACCUAUGAGUUCAGGAACAGGAAGGGUAAGGAGGAAGAGAAAGCUCUGGACGAAUGGAUCGAGGUGAUGGAGAAGGUGUUACCUCUCUCUCUCAUUGCCACCAAAGGAGGCAUCGAGUCUCUCAUUUCCCUUUGCUCUACUCUCAUUGAAAGACAAAAGAAAAGGACACAAAUAUCCAAACACACCUUCUGGCAGGACUGGUGGGAACAAAGCCCCCCCAGAUCUGCAUCCUAUCCUCAGCCACUGAGCCCAGAGCAGAUGCUCCAGGACAAGCAUACUACCUGCAUGAAGGUCUCUGAGGUGACGUCCAUGCUGCAGGAGCUCCUGGACUCCACCAUGUUUAACCAGGGGGAGGUCAGAGCCAUCAGGUACAUGUCUGCUGUGGUGGAGAACCUCAACAAGGCCUUGACCCUCCAGCACAAGGAGAAUAAUAAUCUGGAGACCAAAUACAGGAACCUGAAAAUAGAGAUGACCAAAGAACUCAGCAGCCAGAGGCUCUACUUCCAGAAUUCCCUCCAAGUUCUCCAGAGCAAGAGGGAUGCCCUACUAAAGCAGGUAGAAAUCCUAGGGAGAAAAUACCAUGACCUCCUCCUGAUAAAGCAUGCCUUAGAGUUCCAGCUGAAGAAGGCUCAGUCUUCUAGAGAUCAAGCAGAAGAACCAGCCAAGAUCUUGGUCGACUCCCUGGGCCCCCCUGAGAAAGAGACCCUUCCAAAGAAAAAAACAGUCAUGGAGGAAACCCAACAGGAACCCAAGGAGUGGUUGUUUUUGUCACUGACCCCAGGUUCCAUGGCCCCAGCCUGGGACAGUGGUACCAGGCCUUCAACGUCUCAGCCACUUUCCACCAUGACCACACAUUCAAGGAUUGCAGAUGUGUACAGCAGCAAGGACACUGAACAUCUCCACCCCGUGUUGCUGUCCCCGGUGGAUCACAAGUUUCCUAAGAAAUGGGAAGGACCUGUGGCAGAGAGCCCAGGACACCAAGUCAAAGACCAGAAGGACUUCCAGAAAGCAACCCAGGAGAAGGAAGGACUCCAAAUUAAGUCUCAUUUUAGGACGCAGCUGUCCCCAGAGAGCUCCAAGAAGGUGGCCUUGAAGAGCAAAGUGGAGCACUGGGAAGAGGAACUCAGCUGGGAGAGGCAGAGGCAGCAGUGGCUGGAGGAGGAGGCGAUGUGGCUGCAGCGGCAGAAGAAAUGGGCCCUGCUGGAGCGGGAGCACCAGGAGAAGCUGCAGCAGUGGGAGUUGCAGGAGAAGGCGAGGGAGCAGCAGCGGAGGUUGGGCCAGCAGGAGAAGGAGCAAGGGGGCCCGCGGAGAGAGCUAGAGCGGUCAGGGGAGGACGUAGGCAGAAUGAUCUUCACGACUACCAGGCGGUGGAAGGACCUGGAGAAGGCAUCGCUGGCGCCUCCCCCAAGCCGGGCCCAGUCUGCUUACCAAGGCAGGAGGCCACACCGGCCCAGGUCCCCUAGUACCCAGCGGCCUGCCCCCAGAAACCAGAGGAACCUGAGUUCUGCCAAGUCUACCCAGAAACCACGGGCCUGCCAGGUUCCCACGAAGCCCAAGAAAUCGGCCUCCUUCCCUGUCACAGGCACAUCCAUCCAAAAGGUGUCCCGGCCUCCCUUGCAAACGUCCCCGGCAACUCUUAAAGGGAAAGUAUACCACAUGGACGCAGAGGCCCAGAGGAAGAACCUGAAGCUUCUGGAGGAGGCUGAGCCGGGGCUGCCCCACUCCCUGCGCAGCAAGGCGCUGGAGCUCACCACCACCACCAUGGAGCUGAGCACGCUCCGGCUGCAGUGCCUGUGCCGUAGGUACAUCCUCUACAGACGCUUCCAGAGCCUCCGACAGGAAGUGAUCAACCACAUACAAGUCAUGAGAGAAACUGAGACUACCUACAAGGCCCAGAACCUUUACAUCUUCCUGGAAAACAUCGACCACCUGCAGAACCUCUGGCUGCAGGCCUGGGCAGACAAGCAGAAGGACCUGGAGGAGAAGCGCCGAGAGUGUCUGAGCAGCAUGGUGACCAUGUUCCCCAAGCUCCAGCUGGAGUGGAACACCCACAUGCACAUUCCUGUGAUCACCAACCCAAAGUCGAGGAAAAGCAAGCCACCCCCCUCCUUUCUUCGCCGCACCCACUCCUGUGGUCCCUCCUCCAAGCAGUCCCCAGAGCACUGUGCAGCCAAGCACUGGAAAUGUGUGCCCCUGCGCCGGGCCCGCCAACAGGAGAACCAGAUGGAGGCCAUCUGGAGAACUGAUGUGGCCUCCUCCAGUUACCCAAUAGAAGAGAGGACUCCCCCCAGCCUGCCCUGGGAGCAGCUAGGAGGGUGCCCAGACGUUCCCCGGCUGUUGGCCUUGGAUGUGCAUUCCUCCUACCGCAGAAGCUUAAGGUCCCUCAAGGCCUGUGUCUUGGUGGCUGACAGAAAGGAACGCCAGGAAGCCCCGGAUGAGUCAGCCGAGCUUGUCUGUAAAAAGUCAAAUGAGUCCCUUCCUGGAACCCUAAAAAGCCAGAAGGAUCGAGACAAUCUCAGUCCCCACUCCAUCCCUUAGUCAGUGAUUCUCAAACUUCAGGGUGACUAAACAUCACAUGGGAACUUGAUUCAAAUGCAGGUUCCCAGCUGGUGUUUUUACACAAACAUCCUGGGUAUUGCUAAGUAGUCCUAGAACUUUGAGAAACACGACUUUCCUCCUUCAGUCCCCAAACUGUACAUUUUUAAUAAAAUAGAGGUGUGUUUAUUUUUAAAGAU